AAGAGACGUUUAAAGGAGCAGAUGCCCAAGAUAGAGCAGACAUUAGAGGAACGGAGCUUGGCAGGCAGAAUGCAACUAAUGUGGCAGGCUAUGGUCUCCAGUGUCCUGUAGACCUGGCGGGAGCUCCAUGGUUUCGACCCCUACUUGGGGGUUUAGGUGGCUACUGGAGGGCCUUGCAGAGGGGCAGAGAAUGCAGGACCAUGGCAUCUAGGGCCUCUGAGCCUCUUCCAAGGCGCAGUGUGACAGCCGGCAUCAUCAUUGUUGGAGAUGAGAUCCUCAAGGGACACACUCAGGACACCAACACCUACUUUCUGUGUCGGACACUGCGCUCUUUGGGGGUCCAGGUGUGCCGAGUCUCUGUUGUACCUGACGAAGUGGCCACCAUUGCAGCUGAGGUCAACUCUUUCUCCAGCCGCUUCACUCAUGUCCUCACAGCAGGGGGCAUUGGCCCCACUCAUGAUGAUGUAACCUUUGAAGCAGUAGCACAGGCCUUUGGAGAUGAGCUGAAGCCACACCCUGAACUAGAAGCAGCCAUCAAAGCCCUCGGAGGUAAGGGCUGGGAGAAGCUAUCAAUGGUACCGUCCUCUGCCCGCCUGCAUUAUGGUACAGAUCCUCACACUGGUCACACCUUCAGAUACCCACUGGUCUCUGUCCGAAACGUCUACCUCUUCCCAGGUAUCCCAGAGCUGCUGCGGCGGGUGCUGGGGGGCCUCAAGGGUCUAUUCCUAAAUAAAGAUGUUCAGUUUCACUUGCGAGAGCUAUAUGUGGCAGCUGACGAGGCCUCUAUCGCCCCCAUUCUGGCUGAGGCCCAGGCCCGCUUUGGACGCAGGCUUAGUCUGGGUUCCUACCCUGACUGGGGCAGCAACUACUAUAAGGUGAAGCUGACACUGGACUCAGAAGAAGAAGGACCCGUGGAGGAAUGCCUGGCCUACCUGACCGCCCGUCUGCCCCAGGGAUCCCUGGUCCCCUAUGUGUCCAACGCCGUGGAGCAUGCCAGUGAAGCCGUAUACAGACUCACCAAAUCAGGGUCUUCUCUGGGAGACAAGGUGGCAGGCGCCCUGCAGACCAUUGAGGCCGCUCUUGCUCGGUACAAGCUCAGCCAACUCUGUGUGGGUUUCAAUGGGGGCAAGGACUGCACUGCCCUCCUGCACCUCUUCCAUGCAGCUGUGCAGAGGAAAUACCCUGAUGCCCGAGACCCUCUUCAGAUCCUGCAUAUCCGCAGCAUUUCACCUUUCCCUGAGCUGGAGCAGUUCCUACAGGACACCAUCAAGAGAUACAGUUUGCAGGUACUGGAGGCAGAAGGUGACAUGAAGCAGGCCCUGAGUGAGCUGCAGACACAGCAUCCCCAGCUAGAGGCUGUCCUCAUGGGUACCCGGCGCACCGACCCCUACUCCUGUAGCCUCUGUCCAUUCAGCCCCACUGACCCCGGCUGGCCGUCCUUCAUGCGCAUCAACCCACUGCUGGACUGGACCUACAGAGACAUCUGGGACUUUCUCCGCCAACUCUAUGUCCCAUACUGUAUCCUGUAUGACCGAGGGUACACAUCCCUGGGAAGCCGGGAGGACACAGUGCGGAACCCAGCCCUGAAGAGCUUGAGUCCCGGGGGACGGCCCACUUACCGGCCAGCCUACUUACUUGAAAAUGAAGAUGAGGAGCGCAACUCCCGCAUGUGACCUACUCCUGUCCACUCCAGGAGGGAAGGGAGCCGUCCUGGGCUGUAACUAGUCAAUAAACUCCCUCCUGUGCCUGUU